CCCUGUAGAACAGGAUAAAGCGGCUAGAGAUAAUGAGAUGAGAUGUAACUGUUAUGAAUGACAGCACCAUGUUCAGUGACCCCCAUUACAGAUUAGCAGAUACGAAAAGUCAGGUAGCCACAGCAGUCUAAAUUAAGCAGAUUAAAAGCUUAAUUUUCAUUUAUUCACAAAUUGGGUGUACUAAAGUGGGCAGUAAUCACAAACAUUCAAACUUUUCUAACGUGACUUAAAUUAGCUGUGAAAUGUAAUCUCCCACGGUCACUUUGGUAACGCCGACUUCCGCGUCAUGUGGCGUCACGUGGUUCGGUUUCACUUCCGCCUUUAGGAUUAACAAACUGAAUCAUGAGACUUUUCUUCUGUUUCCAGGUUUAAACCGGUGUGAAGUGAUUUACUGGAUAAAGUAUAUCCGGGUUUGAUUGCUUUAACGCUGUCUUAUGAAUAUGUGUGCACUUGUAUCGGUGCUCCAAGAUCUGAUUAAUCUGUAAUUAGCUUGCUAGUCAGGAAACAGGAACUUGCUAACUGCCUCAAGUCACCUUUAGCUAGUUUACUUUCAUAUUGCUGCAUCGUGCUUCAUACAUCAGCUUGGAAAACCCUCAAGGUUUUCAGUCAUGGCCAAACAUACAUGCUGGAGAUGGCUUGCUUUUCUUGUACUGAUGGCUACUGGAGCACAAGCAAGUCCCAACACGGACAGGUGCAAGUUGGUCAACGAGAACUCAUCUGAGAGAAAAGUGCUCCGUGUCCUGGAGCUCCUCACCAAUCAGAACUUUACUGCUCAAACCAAAGAGAAGGAGUACACCUACGUGUUCCAGGUGUGCGGCGAUGCAGAUGGGAUGAAGGAUGCCGGAGUGAUGCAGAGGGACAAGAACGGCAAGCAAGUGCUCAUUGGGAAUUACAGUUUAACACAGGCUGUUCAAGGAAGUGACUGGGUAAUGCUGAUGUACCAGGGUGGGGAGAAAUAUCAUCUACAUUGCUCACAGGAGGAAAGGAGAGCCAUGGUCAUGAUUUCCUGUGACAGAAGUAAGGUUGCGGGAUCGUUCACAGUGGUUAAGGAGGACAGAGACCGGGAAACUGAAUGUUUUUACUUGUUCGAGUUGGACUCCAGUGCUGUGUGUCCUGUGAUUGAAUCCAAACUCAGCACUGGAUCCAUACUUCUCAUUGUUCUGGUCUCCUGCUUGGCCGUCUACCUAAUUAUUGGAUUUCUCUAUCAGCGACUGAUCAUUGGAGCAAAAGGAGUCGAUCAGUUUCCAAACUAUGGCUUUUGGACAGAAAUAGGCAACUUGUCAGCUGAUGGAUGUGACUUUGUGUGCCGUUCCCGUGGCAGCAGAGAGGAACCUCCCACUUACAGGGGCGUGACUACUGAGCCGUUAGAAGAGCCAGAGGAAAGGGACGAUCAUUUGCUUCCAAUGUGAUCAUGGUGUGUGAUCGUGUGAGCUGAGCAGUGGGUUAUCAAGGCGUAGGCUAGGAAGGCUUCUCCAUGUGUCAGUUAUUUAGAGGAAGUACCUUCCUUAUGUAUUUUCCAUAUCGCUCUUAGACAUUUACAAGUAAAUGCUGUGCUUCAACAAAAAAUUUGUUUCUCCUUGUAAAUUUAAAAAAUAUGCAGCAGAACUGUUGACACCUUUCAUUUGUUUAGGACACAUAUUUUAGAACUGUCAUUAAUUUAAAAAGAUAAAGUUUGUUUGUUUUUUUUGAAUAGUAGACAUGUGCUCACAGAUGUCUAUGCUUUUAUUCGUUAAUUCAAAUCCUAUUUAUGCCCAAAGAAGCCUACACAUUGUAUUUCUAUGAAUUUGCUCAGUGGUUUAUUGUUACUCAUUAGUUGCAGUUGAUAUUUGAUAUUAAUGAUCUGACAGGUUUGUGCUACUGACCCACUAGGCUUUCCUGACUGUAAAUAUGGAUUAUGAUGAUUUAGUGGUUACUCCCACUUCUGAUGAUAUUGCUGUGCGCCACUGACGUGGCUGUAAGUGUUACUCAAUGAAACGGGGGGGAGGCCCUGAAGUAUACUUGCAAAGAUGACUUUCAACGUGUUACGCUUUUUAUUUUUUUUUAACACUUAGUGUUUCAGAAAAUGUGAUAUUAUUUGAGAUCUAAAUUUCCCAGAAACUACAUAGUCUAGGCAAAUGAAACUGACAGGCUUAAUGUUGCGCAAUAUAAGAUUUAUUCCUUAAAACUUGAAUGAGAAAUUCAAAGGUAUGUGGAUUCCAUUAAGGAUUUCACAAACUUUCAAUAUUCACGAACCCGCUCGACCGUCUCUUCCGAUGCUGGUGGUCGUCCAGAUCCUUUUGUCCUGCACAGACAGCCUUCCUCUUUGAAUUUAUUGUGCCGUGUCCAAAUCUGCAUUGCAGUUGGUGCGUUUUUAGAGAAUUCUCUCAUAAAUGCACGCUGCACAGUCUUGUUCAACUGUGUUCGAGCGUACUCUAACACACACAACGCCUUUUCUUUUCCAGUGAAUGGCAUUUCUAUACCUAAAAAGAUAAAAACAUUAAAAUUUUGACCUGUUUCCACACAUGCUGUUAAAAUUUGAGGUCAAUUGAAUGAGAAUUGGCAAAGUUAUUAGAUUGUGAAAUGAUAUCAAAAUUUUCCAAACACCCUCUGUAUAUUUAUUAUUAUUAUUAUUAUUGUUGUUUUUGUCAGAGUGGCUGGUGAGCCAAUGGCGAGGAUUACUAAAGGAAGUAUAGAGAAUAAAUACUUUGGAUACUGUAUGUGAUGAUGGAAAUUCUAAUGAUAAUUGUUUUCAGAUGACAAGGCUUUGUUUUUGCUCAAUUAAGACCAUCAAUGGAAAUUUACAGUGGAAUAUUAAAGUGUGUUUGGAAAGCAAAAAUAUAUGUUUACUGCAAAUAUUUGGAGAAUUAUCAAUUCUGUUGGUUUUAAUUUUUUUCCUUUUAUUGAUUUUUGUAGGUAUUUAAAUAAGAACUUGGGAUGGGAUUGCCCACUGCAGAGUAAGUUUGUGUUGUGAAUGUUUGUAGAAAGAAAUGGAAUUAAAUAGUAAAAUUUAAAAAGGUUUUUUUUUUUUUUUAAAUAAAGGGCACUUCCAAAGUUGUAUAA